UCGGAGAAGUUAUAACAGUAUCGACUAUGCACCAAAGGAAGGCUGAAAUGGGUCGCCAAGCGGAUGCCUUCAUCGCACUUCCUGGUGGAUAUGGGACAUUUGAAGAGCUGUUGGAAGUUAUCACCUGGUCUCAACUUGGAAUCCACACUAAACCGGUGGGACUAUUGAACGUGGAUGGAUUCUACGAUUCACUAUUGACGUUUAUAGAUAAGGCAGUGGACGAAGGCUUUGUCUCAUCCACCGCACGUCGCAUCAUCGUCUCGGCUCCGAACGCUCCUGAAUUACUUCAACUUCUUGAGGAGUAUGUUCCAAAGCACGACGAUUUUGUGUCCAAAAUGGUGUGGGACGAUAAUACGUACUGA